AUGGAAAUAGGGAGUCCAAUGGCCAGUCUAUACCUGCUGGGCAACCCCGACCACUACACGAGUCAUACAUUCACUCCGUUCUUCUGGAAGAAAUAUGUAACCAAAGUAAAGGCGGAUUGGGCUUUAAGCGCCCAAGACGACUCCUACAAGGACGCUCUACAGAAUUAUGAGAACGAGAAGGUUCUACUGGAAGUCCAGGAUGGUGAAGGAGAUAUUGGUAGCUAUGAGCAGUUGGAAGAGUACGACGACGCUUACCUGGAUGCCCUUGCUGCGGAUGUAGACGAAUACGGUCAUAUGCAAGACGGUUACAUGCUAGGCUAUAGAAGAAGGGCAAAACUGCUAGAAAUGGAACAAGCGGAGGACAUGAUAUCGAGAACGGGUUGGUUAGAGGGAUUGGGCAUCGGCUCAGACACAUCUAAGGAGAGAGGGCAUGGUACCCUCAAGGAUUUCGAAGAAUGCGUGGUGACGAAUGAAAGUGAUGGGUCGCAUUGGAAGGCUAUCGUAAAGGAUCAACGAGCACAAGUACUUGCUAAAAAGCGAAAGCACGCACCUGCAGUACCACAGAACGAGAGAGGGAAAGCUAGAUGGGGUGCUAUCAACGAUGUCUGUAUCCUGGAUGCUUCAUACUUGCUCCAGAACUUCACUGUCCCUAAGGAGGAAACAAAAAAGAUAAUUAAUGACACUGUCAAUGAGUAUUCGUUAAACAAAGAGCAGGAAAGAGCGUUCAAGAUCGUUGCCAACCAUGCUGCUUGCCUGGCCCCUAAACAGCUUUUAAUGUACCUUGGAGGAAUGGGUGGGACAGGAAAGUCGCAGGUCAUAAAAUCCUUGAUAAGAACUGCUGCAGCCCUCCUAAACGGAUCGACCUAUCACUCAAUGCUUGGAGUGAGACCCUCAAAGAAUUCCGACGACGCGUUAACUCGAAACGAGCAGACGAAAUUUCAAUGGUUUCCUGUCAAGACCUUUGUAACAUAA